AUGUACAAACUUCAAACCAAAAGGGUAAAAGCUGCUGCUGGGCAAAUGUGGACUUCCAAUCUCUCUAAGAUCAGACAAUCUCUUAAAAAUGUUUACCAUAGAUGUAAGAACAAGCAUCCAGAUUCAACUAGAAAUUCAGCUACAACUUUCUAUGGUUGUGAUCAAGAUGACAUUAGUACCGAUGAUGAAUUGAAUGUCAUAGCAAUGCUCCAAGAUAAUAAAACUGCCCAAAUUGACCUCCUUGGGAAAAUGAUUGACAUUGUCAGUGCAGUAUCAAAAAUCCAGAAAAAGAUCAACUUUUAUCAGAGGCAGAUGGAGGUCCUAGAAGCCAGAAUGAAUGUUAAUGACAACAAACAAUGCACAACAACUAAAGAUGUCUUCUCUAUGAAAGAAGACAUCAAUGCUUUAAAGGAAAGGAUAACAGAACUGAAAAACCAGCAUUCUUGCUCCAAUACUCAUUGUUUAGAAGUUCUGGAAAGAGAAAAGGAUAAAGAAAUCAUGGAACUGCUUCACAAACUCAUACAACCACAAACUUCAGAGAACACAUUGGCUCCUACAGACUCCGGAUUUUCUUCUGCAGAACCAGAGAAAGUGCCCAGUUAUUCCGAUCCUACUGAUUAUCUUGAGGAAAAAACAAUUUCUCCCAAAAUUAAAUUUAUGAAGCAAAGUAACUAUCAAAAUAUGCUAAGAAACUUUAAGGAGGCAAAGUCAAAUAUUUAUAUUUAUCCAGACUUUACUACAUGGAUCAAGCUAACUUUUGUCCAUGGAGGAAAAUGGGGAUUUUUUCUCCGUGCUACCAAAUUAGAAGAAUUCAUCCAGUGGCUUCUCUCUAGGCCAACCUCCCCUCUUGAAGCACCACAGCUCAUAACCCAGAGGCACUGUCCAUUCACUGGGCUUAUCGUGAGCUUGACCACGAUCUGUCUCUCUGUUUUCAACUACAUUUACUGUCUUUUUGGCUUUUCAAAUGAGGAAGUAACUCAACUAUAG